GUUACAGAGUAGGAGGGAAUAAUUGAUUCCAUGUGUUCUUCAUACAUGUAUCCUUCAAGUAACUCGUGAAGUCGGCGGAAGCCGGGACGAAUGUCACAUCCACUGUCAUCCGAACUGAGUUUGACUGGCUUCGAAAGUAACGUUUCUCCAGAUGCUGGUCAAGAAUCACCCAAUACACCUCGAUGUGUGCAAAGCGGCUCGAGGCCGGUCACAUCCAGAAGCGCGGAGGAAUGGUCUGAUAGCGAGGAGUUGAUGCUGCACAUGAAAAGCCAGGGAAAAGAGCGAAAAUGUUGCAUGUUCCACCUUGUAUAUAUAUUCACAGUGCUGUCGACGGCUGCAACUCCAUUAUUGAUGGUCCUUUUGGAUGAAGCACACUUUACACGAGGAAAGCAAUAUGCAGGAACGGAUGGCGGAUACCAAGUACUCAGUGGUGCAAACAUGGUUUCCCUUGGUGUUCGGUUUGCGUUAUUGUGUUGUUUUCUAUUGGUAACUCGUUCGGGAAUUAGAUAUUGGCCAAUGCAAUGCCUGAAGUCCAGAAACUGGCGAUCUAAGUCAUCGCUUGCCAGGGUAGGACAAAUAUACACUUCGAUAAAUCUUGGUGAUUCAAACUUCAUCGAAGUUCCCUCAUUUUCAUUAUGGAUCAUAUCUGCGACUGACUGUCUUACACUCAUCAUAACAGUAGGCCACUGGAUCCUGUUUGUUUUUCAAGUCAAGGUAGCCUCUAAACUGAAAUUAUCAGAAAACGGGUUUUUUGUUCCAAAGAAUCCCUUUGUCAGCUCGCAAACAACUGCCGAACAUGAAGAGGUAUACGGACUAAAAACUAACGGAACCGGCUCUGCUUUGCGCUUUGUCAAUACUCAGCUCAUUGUCCAGAUGACCACGAUGUUCGUUAUCAAAGUUUGGUUUCAGAGAAACCUCAGCUCAUCAUACUCUGUUCAUGUAUUUCGGUCUGUCGACGGUCUAAGCCGGAGCUUCUUCACACCUGUCUGCACAGUUGGUGAGCUGGCUGUCGAUAUCAUCCAGUCUAUCGGUUUGGAGCCUGUGAAACAACCUAUUGAACUAGGACCCCCAAAACGAAGCUUCCGAUCUAAGAGCUCUGACAGCCGUCGGUCUUACCGAAGUUUCACAGGAACCGCGAAUACACUUGUGAUAGAUACACAGUCCCAACCAACAUCUGACAGUUCCGUGUGUACUGGACGAAGGCUUUUCAACAGGCGGCGGCCUAGGUCGAGCGGCAACAGAAAAAGUGCAUUCAAGAUCUACGCACUUGACAAACCUGCUUCACAGCAAGGAAGUCCCGAAAACAACGAAGCUUCCGAUGUUCGCCAUCUGAUAAGUUUCAGCGCAAAAGAUCAGAAAACACUCAACCGCACUGCGGUCGAACGCUGUCACCUACAGAGUGAAUUUGACUAUUUGGUUCGCAAAAGGCAACUCCGUUUGUGUCUGGCAACUCAACGUUGGUUUGACAUCAUUGGGACCGGUGAUUUGUCGAAGAUAGAAAAAGGUGGCAAAUGGGACAAUGGUGUACGAAUGGAACAGGCGACCCAAGUUGUAUUCGAUCGGAUCUCAGGACCUUUGAUGCGAUAUUUGCGUUUGAUCAAUCAACAUCACUUGCACACGCCUGCCAGCAUCCGAGAGCGGCUUGCUCUCUAUAUGACAUGCAAUAUGAGCGCUACCUCAUUCUUGAGCCUGUACAUCCCGAAUUCACCCCCGCCGCUGAUACAUCACCCAAAAACCCGACAAUAUUUCCAUUUAUCCGAUAGAUCGAUAAGUAAUCUGAAGAAAAGACCUCAGGGUGAUGAAUCUCUCAAAUGCCGAAACAAGAAAAAGAUCAAGUUCUGCUUUCUGCCAAAAGAAACUACCGGUGCGGAUUGUAAUCAAAAGGCCAACAGUACUCUCGUCUUUGAAACAUGGAAAUUUCGAGUACUUCAAAGGUCAAUGAAAUACCAGCCGGAUGCAACAGAACGCCAUACACUGAACUCGAUCAUCCAUCAUGGUUUACAGUUUGAACUCAGUCGAGCAGAGGUUACGUUGUUAUGUUCAGUUUACUGCGCGCCUUUUCUUGAGCUUUCCACCAAAUCACCUGGUCAUUCCUGGUGGUCAACUCCAAUACCACAUGCACCGAGUGUUCCAGCUUCGACUAUCGAGACCUGUCUUACAGGUUCAGAGCAUUUCGGCGAAAUAAGGCUAUGAAAUUUUAAGCUGAGAAUAACAGUGAAUUCAUUGUGCACGAAAAAAACGGCUGCCUACCGACCUUCUAUGAACUCAAGCAAAUGAUUUUUGACAUUUUUCGACUCAAUCUGGAGACUGUACAUCAAUCUACCAAUUUUCUGGAUAACGCUUAUAAUCAUACAGGUGAAGGUGCA